CAAAAUCGAAAUCCGGAAAUUUCAUUAAAAACGAAUAAAACUUCCUGAUGCAAAGAACUGAUGACAGUGAAGUGGUCUUCAAUAAUGGGAAAUGGAGCUCCUAUACUCCCCAACAACUGAAGAGGAAAGCUAUCAUGUAUGAAAACGGAACACAAUAAAAAAUAUAUUUCUGUUAACUAACUACUAAUGGAAGAAAAGCUGAAUUUUGUGAAACUACAAAAAGAAAAAUUCAUUGAAGAACACAAAUGGAAAUAUAUCAAAAAGAGGUUCAGCUGUUAGAUUUACAGAUCAAUGCACUAUAUAAGUAGAAAACAAAGGAUUUAUUUUGUUAAUUUCUGGAAUAUUUUCACUUUCACUCAUUUUUUUUGUAUUCCGCAUUUUUGAGGACGAUAUUUUAUUUCAAUAAUAAACUGUUUUCA